UUUCAUCUUUAAUUAGUAUGCCAAUCUAUAUUUUAUUUAUAAACCAUGUUUGGCUUACAAUAUAACGUACACUAGAAAAAUAAACUUGCUAGGUCAACUGCUUCGAAUAACCUACUACAAUGGGGAGACAUAUAUGAUCAUCCACCACUUAAUUUACCCUUAUUAGACCACAGCAAAGAGAUCUAGAGAGAGAAAGAGAUGAAGACAUCCUUCGUAUUCAUUUCCUUCUUCUUUCUCGUCCUCGGUUUAUUAAUACCUGUGAAUUCACAAACAGAUUCAUGCAGUUCUAGUCUCAACCUCAAUGGUCAACUUCCGUUUGACACAACCACUUUCCAUUGCAACCCAGUGUGGGCUGCUCAAGGUUUCAUCCUCAGAUAUUCACAAGAUGUAGCAUCAAAUGUAUGGAGCUUUGUUCUCUCAGCACCCAACCCAGAUUCUUACAUAGCAAUUGGGUUUUCGUCGGAUGGGAAGAUGGUCGGGUCGAGCUCCAUCGUGGGGUGGGUAAUGCCCGGUGGUACGCCGAUUAUGAAAAGGUAUUAUCUAGGGGGACAAUCACCAGAAAAAGUGGUGGUUGAUCAAGGAAGCCUACCUUUAACCAAUACAUCGAAAAUCGUACCCGAUUCGUCUCAUAUCCAUAUGGCGUUUCAGUUGAAUACGAACCAGCCGCAGUCUAGGCUCAUAUAUGCCGUCGGACAGGCCGGUCGGUAUCCCGGUGCCGGCCCCGACUACGUCUUGUUUCAACACAGUGACGUGGUCUCCACCAGUUUCAAUUUUGUGACCGGUCAGACUAAAACAGUAAGCCCAUAUAAAAGUCUGAGGAGAAGCCAUGGAGUGUUGAACAUGUUGGGAUGGGGUGUUUUAAUGCCCAUUGGUGUGAUGGUUGCUCGAUACCUGAAGCAAAUGGAUCCAAUCUGGUUUUAUUCUCACAUUUGCAUUCAAUUAUUUGGUUUUAUAUUUGGAGUAGCAGGUGUCAUUUGUGGUUUUGUUUUAGAAGAUAAGCUUGCUGCCAAUGUUAAAAAGCACAAAGGCCUUGGUGUCUUCAUUCUCACACUUGGGUGCCUCCAGGUUUUGGCAUUUUUGGCUCGGCCGGACAAGGGGUCAAAAUACAGGAAAUACUGGAAUUGGUACCAUUACAGUGUUGGGAGGGUGUUGAUAUUUUUUGCAGCUAUAAAUAUAUUUUAUGGAAUUCAUUUGGGUAGUGCCGGAAGUGGAUGGAAUGCUGGUUAUGGGAUUGUUCUAGCUGGCUUGUUCUUAGUCGCUGUUGUUUUAGAGUUGAGAAUGCGUAUGAGAAAUUAACUUCUUUUGUUUGUUGUGUAGCUUCAUUAAUUUGUUCCAUUUACAUUGUUUGUAGCAUUUUUUUUUUUAAUAAAAUGUACUCCCUUGCUCUACCACAUAUGUUAUCUAUAUAUUUUUGCAGGCAAUUUUGUUGUUAAUGGCUACUAAUCAUCUCCCUCUAUACUAAUAAUAAUAUUUUGUAUCGCCAACUCAUCGGGUGUGUAUUUAUUUAUUUUCUUAAUAGUAAUAGGAUAACUCUGUUAUUUUGAAAUUAUAUCAUGGAGGUGAUGAUUACUGCUGAAAUAGUGUCUUCUUCUUCUUCUUCUUCUUCUUUUUUUCUUUUUUUUCUUUUUUUUUUUUUUGGUAAAAAAGGAAAAUAGUUUAGAAAGUUUAUUCUAAAAGUAGAAGUUCUGGAAUUUCUAUUGCACUCUAUCUUAAAUUAAUUGAAGGUCUUAAAUAUUGAAGGUCUUGAUUUAAGCUAAACUACACUUUAUACAAAAAUAAAUCCCAUUUUUUGACAAGGUGAUUGAUUAUAUUAAAAAAAAUCGUUGUUUUGGUCAUUU